GGGUGUGUAGCAUUUGUCGGAAAAUCAAAUACGACGUGGUUAUCAACAAGCAGCACUGUCACUUUCAAUGCCGGCUGUAAACAAAUCCAGCUGAUUUCUGUCAUACGUUGCUACUUUUUGACCUAUUACACUGGACGCUGUAGCUAGUCCGACUGAAACUGUGAAAUCUCUUCCAUUAUGAAAUAUUGAGAGACCGCAAAAAUGGACACCUUAUUUUCUUUCCUCUAUGCUGUGAUCCACUACGGAUUUGUGCUGGCAGUCAUUCUGUUUCUCUUGGUGUGCAUUGCGCUGAAGAAAUUAAGCAGACCAUAUCCUAAUAUCGUCCGUUCUGAAAAGGAGAAGUCGUUUCUUGAUCCGGUGGACAACAGAAGAAUAAAGUUUCCUAUUGACGAAGUCAAGUCAUCUCUGGUGCUCUCAGUAGUUGUCCCGGCAUACAAUGAGGAAUCUAGACUUUCUGUAAUGUUAGAUGAGUGCUUGGAAUAUUUGGGCAAAAGAAAACUUGAAAACUCUGCCUUUACUUACGAAGUAAUAGUGGUGAGCGAUGGCAGCACUGAUGGAACGGUCCAGCUAGCGCAGACUUACUCAAGACAAUUCACACCAGAAAUUGUUAGAGUAUUGGAAUUAGAUCCAAAUAGAGGCAAAGGAGGAGCUGUUCGAUUGGGAGUCUUAAGCACAAGGGGAUCUGUUGUUCUGUUUGCGGAUGCUGAUGGUGCUACAAUGUUUGAGGAUUUUGAGAAACUUGAACAAAGUUUGCUGGAACUUACAAAGAUUGAAUUUGUGAAGAGCCCUGAAAAGGUGGAGCAGGAGUUGGCAAUUGUCUGUGGCUCCAGGGCUCAUCUGGAGGAUGAAGCAAUCGCUUCGAGGAGCAUUUUCCGCACCAUUCUCAUGCACGGUUUUCACUUUCUGGUAUGGCUCUUUGCAGUCCGAGGCAUCAGGGACACCCAAUGUGGUUUCAAACUGCUAACCCGAGCUGCAGCACUCCAGUGUUUUUCAAACAUGCAUAUCGAAAGAUGGGCUUUUGAUGUUGAACUCUUGUACAUUGCACAGAGGUUUAAAAUACCAAUAAGUGAAAUAGCAGUUCGAUGGACUGAAGUUGAUGGUUCUAAGAUUGUGCCGGUUUGGAGUUGGUUGCAAAUGGGCAGAGAUCUGUUUCUCAUUUGGCUUAGAUACUUCAUUGGUGCUUGGAGGCUAAAGACCAAAGAAGACUGAGCGUUUCACCUGCUUGCAUUUCUAGACUUUUGAAUUUACGUUUGCAUCAAAUUGAAGGAUUUUUAUUCCUCUCGCAUUUUUCGCAAUUUAUAAUAUUCCGGUAUUAAAGUGUGUUUAAAUCAAAA